GCCCCACCGCUCUUUGCUUGUUCCAUCAUCAUCACUCGCUGUUUCUUCUUCCUCUUACUCUCCAGCUCUCUAGUCACGCUUCAAUAAUCCUCCAGCCCUUUCCAACCGCACUCUCAACGUUCUCCCUCCUCCCAAUUCCCCCAGGUUUCCUGACGUUACGCUUUACCGUCACAACUCCGAGCCAUCCCGCACCACCUAGCACUCACACCUUCCUCGGUGGCUACAAUGUCCAACCUCACCCAGCGCGCCGGCAAGGGCGCCUCCAACUUGGAAGUCAAGAUGGAGGAGAAGCGCAAGGAGCUUCAGCAGUACAAGGAUGACGACGGACACUUCUCUCUGGUCCGCAACUUCCGCCUCGCAGACUUGAUCACAAUCAUGAACGGUGUCUGCGGCACACUCAGUAUCAUGAGCAGCGCACGCUACCUGAUUCUUUCGUCCAACCUGCCCGGCCCGCCCAGCGAGGAGGCCUACAAGUGGCUGUACUUUGCCCUCGUCCUCCCCAUGGCCGGCUUCGGCUUUGACGCUCUGGACGGCAAGGUCGCGCGCUGGCGUGGUGGCGGCUCCCUUCUUGGUCAGGAAAUGGACUCGCUCGCUGACCUUGUGAGCUUUGGCGUGGCGCCUGCCACGCUGGCCUUUACGCUUGGCCUUCGCACGCCGCUCGACAUGCUCUGCCUCCUUCUCUUUGUCUCUGGUGGCCUGGCCCGCCUUGCCCGCUUCAACGCUACCGUCGCCCUUCUCCCCGCCGACGCCAGCGGCAAGUCCAAGUACUUUGAGGGCCUGCCGAUUCCGUCCUCGUUGUUCCUUACCGCCAGCAUGGCCGCGUGCGUCCGCCAGGGCUUCUUCGCGCUCGGCAAGCACACUGACGUCCCUCUCGGCGUCGUACGGCUGUGGGGCGACGGCCUCAAGGGAAACGGCGACGGCGAUGUGCACGUUGCGGCUAUUGUGUUUGCCCUCUGGGCCGCCGCCAUGGUCUCCAAGACGCUUCGAGUCCCCAAGUUGUAGACGCAAUGCAUUCGUAGAAGCCGAGCCGAGCCGAGUCGAACCUGUAGACACGUAGAGGGGCUACUGACGUGUAUCUGAAGCCUUCACUCAACAUGUAGCUUCUCGUCUUUGGGUG